AUGCAACUCAGCCUCCUGUGCAGCCUGACUCUGUUAUCCUGGAUCACCUGGACUGCCUGUUGGAUGAUGUGGGUGAACAACUUCCUUCCAAUAAUGAUGUAUUGCCUGCAACACCUUCUAAACCUUGGAAAAGUCAGUUAUCUGCAGCAGUGGUUGCCACACCAAUGGCAUUAUCUAGCCAUCCUGUUGGACAUGGAGGCCCCACCUGAGCCAAGGGAUUGUGUCCUGUGUGGAGCAGAUGGAAUUUUCUGGUGCAUUGAGUGUGCCCAUUGGCCAGUCUUCUGCACCAUGUGUUGCUGGGCAGAACACAAGCACCAGCCAUUCCACAGGGUGGAACAAUGGAAUGGAACAUUCUUUGAGGAAUCAUCCCUGCAGCUGGCCAGUUUGGUACUGCAUGUUGGGCAUGGUGGGCAGCACUGCCCAGCCAGUGGUUGUUCAAAUGAUGAGGUCACAACUGAGGAGGAAGAUGAUUGGGAGGAUGUGGAUCAAGAUGGUUGUCCACCAAAUCUGCAGGCCCUGAGGAACCAAAGCUGUCUAAUUGUCAUGCACACCAAUGGAAUACACUACUGCAAUGUGCAGUAUUGUAGAUGCCCUGGGGCAGAGGAUUCACAUACAGCUGAUGAUAGGUACAGGGAACUGCUGAGAGUUGCUAGGAUGUGGCAGCUCCUGAAACUACUGAAAUGGCAGGGAUCCCACAUGAGUGCAGAAGAUGCUGGCCCCAGGGAAUUAGUGUUAUUCUGUCCAGCAUUUCCCCAACCCAGAAUCAACAUUCCUGAAGAUGCAAUGGAUUAUUCCCAUUGGACACUGGCAAGAAGCUUGGUCAUGGAUGGGAAUUUCAAGGCAGAGCAUAUGCAUCCAAAGGAUGCUGGCAGUGAAGCCUGGUUGAUGGAUGGAAAGGGGCAGGUUAACAUGGACUAUGCACUUGUGCAUGCCAUCAGGCAUGGCACAGUCCCUGGCCAGCAAAUCUGCCCUGGCAUUGGGUUGUGGCAUGUCCAUGGCCACCACACAGAAUGCUUUGUACAAUAUGCUCCCAAUUUCAUUGUGGGUGCUGGCCAGGUGGAUGGGGAGAUCAUGGAAACCUUGUGGUCCUCCCUGAAUAUCAUUUCCCCAUCUGCUAGAGGCAUGGCUACUCCCCAUCAGCAGGAGGUACUUGAUUUCCAAAUGAAUGAUAGCAAUUUCCUGAAAACAGUGUGA